AGUAACAUGAUUGUCGGUUUAUUGGACGGUGCAGAGUUGAACUAGUUGUAUUUUUUUUCUGCUGUAGUUCAUUCGUAUCGCUUCGAUUACUUACUGGAAAUCGGAAUGUCUUGUGUGAUAUUGCGAUUUAUCAUCUAUCACCUAUAAGUUACCUCAGCAUCAGUCGGACGAGGGUCGUUGCGUGCAAAAAUAACGAGUGUUGUCAAGGAGUUUCAAUCGCUUGUGCCAACAUCAGCAUCAUCGGCUUAGCGUGAUCUAGUUCUAAUGUACUGCUACUGAUGGAUAUUGUUUGUGUGUUUUGAUCGGAUCUCGUAUUCUUAUUCGGUAGCUGCUCGGUGAUAAAAAAUAAUCCGCGGAGAAGGAAUCAAUCAAUCAACAGUCUUAAUUCAAAGUGCUAUAUUUGUGGUCUGGAGGAGUCAACAGCUAUGAAUAAGCUACUAAAUCUCGCCACUCCGUCUCUGUUCCAGUCGGUAAGCAGCAUUAAGAAGAUGCCUUGCCCAUUCCUGACCCGUCUGAGCACCAAUUACGUGCGCAACUACGCCCCGGUUCUGCUGAAAGCCUACGGCUCCCAGUGUCCGGUGGUGGCCCGCACCAUUUCGAUGCUCCAGAACCCGCCAGCCCCGGGAACUGUCGGAGGAUCGGGUGAUGCUGCGCCGGCUACUUCGAAGAAGUUGAAGGAAUCGGCCGAGGCUAAAAAGCUGCCGAAUCGUAACCUGAGCUCGCUGCAGCAGCCCAAGGCCAAGGAAGAGGACAAGAAGUGCCCUUUCUUGAACACGGCCGCUCCGCACGUUAAGGAGGUGGGUGCCGAGAGUGUCGAUCUGCCAACGAGCAGACCGUUUGCUUAUGAAGAUUUCUUCCAUGAUCAAAUCAUGCGCAAGAAGAAGGAUCACUCGUACCGAGUGUUCAAGAAGGUAAACCGUUUGGCCGAGGCAGGUAAGUUCCCGCAAGCUUUGGAGUACUCUUGGGGCGAGCGUCCGAUCACGGUUUGGUGCUCUAAUGACUAUCUUGGCAUGUCUUGUCACCCGGAGGUGAAAAAAGCAGUUGCCGAUGCAUUAGAAACCUAUGGAGCAGGAGCCGGAGGAACCCGAAACAUCUCCGGAAACUCGCUGAAUCAUGAGAAUCUCGAGAAGCGUUUAGCUCAGUUGCACCAGAAAGAAGGGGCUCUGUUGUUCACCUCGUGUUAUGUUGCGAAUGAUUCUACCCUGUUUACCUUGGCCAAGGCUCUGCCCGGUUGCCAUAUCUUUUCGGAUGCCGGGAAUCAUGCUUCGAUGAUUCAAGGAAUCCGGAACAGCGGAGUACCAAAGCAUAUUUUCCGCCAUAAUGACCCCGCCCAUCUGCGGGAAAUGCUGUCGAAGGUUGACAAAUCGUUACCAAAAAUAGUUGCAUUUGAAACGGUUCACUCAAUGACAGGGGCCAUCUGUCCGCUGGAAGAACUGUGUGAUAUCGCCCACGAAUUCGGAGCCUUGACCUUUGUGGAUGAGGUUCAUGCCGUAGGCCUCUACGGUAACCAUGGUGCCGGAGUUGGUGAACGUGAAGGUUUACUCCAUAAAAUGGACAUUAUAUCCGGUACGCUUGGCAAGGCAUUCGGAAAUGUAGGCGGAUAUAUAGCCAGUACAUCUCUGCUGAUCGAUAUGGUGCGAUCGUAUGCUGCUGGUUUCAUUUUCACCACUUCAUUGCCCCCAACGGUCCUCUGUGGUGCCCUUAAAGCCGUAAACAUUCUAGCUUCGGACGAAGGCAGGGAAUUGAGGGCACGUCAUCAGGACAAUGUCCGCUACUUGCGCACAAAACUUCAACAGGAGGGUUUCCCGGUGGAACACACUCCGAGCCACAUCAUUCCAGUGAAGAUCGGAAAUCCGGCCCAAUGCACCGAGCUGUCCGAUCAGAUGAUCAAACGUUUCGGCCACUAUAUUCAAGCUAUCAACUAUCCGACGGUUCCACGCGGAGAGGAGAAACUGCGCCUGGCACCGACUCCUCACCACACCAGAGAAAUGAUGGAUGUCUUGAUUCGCGAUAUGAAGGUGGUCUGGACCGAUCUGCAAAUCCCCUUGAAUGGGCCACCCUGUAAUGCUGAAUGUACAUUCUGCCGUAAACCCCUGUUGUUCGAUCGUUUCGAAUCUCGCACCAGAGCAUCUUGUGCUGCCGAAUUCCAGUGCCAGAUCCCGAACUGCCCCCAAAUUGCCGCUGUGGCCAACUAAAUCGGCUCAUUGAUGCAGAUGCCGUGAUUCCAGAUUAAAAACAAUAACUGAAGCGCUCUCUUAUUCGCUUUCAAUUCUAUAGCAAACAAAAAACAUGAAAAAACCAUUGGUGGUGGGAUCUUCGUCAAAUGGCUUUGAAAUUAUUUUAGCUUAUUCUCAAUCAAUCGAAAACUAAAUGUGGUGAACGGUGAUUCUUAGCAUCCAGUUUUGGUACAACAGCAAUCCAGCAGCAUAUCGAACCCAUAAUUUCCAGUUUAUUCCAACUAUGUACAAUUUUAAGAACCAUUUACAAAACCCAAGAGUUAGAAUGAAAAAUGUUCAAUUCGGCGCUAGACGUUCCCCGACUUAACUGUCUUGUCUGUACUUUUCUAUGUCAUUGUCUGUUAUUUACGUGUUGUUGAAAUAUAUUUAGUUGCUAAAUUGUUACGUUACCUGAAGAAUUUAUUUUUAGCUGAAACAACCACUUCAAGCAUUUUUUUUUGACAAAAUCGUGAAAAAAAGUAAAAUUUGCUGUUUGGAACUGGUCAGAAUGUUUCCGUUGAGCAAAAAUGUAUGCUUCUAGGCAUGUUGUUGUCUAUAAACUGAAUUCAAACCCUAUAAAGAUAAAAUGUAUCUACUGAAUGUUGCAAAUCGAA